GUUGAAGACAUCAAGCAGAAAUGCUGCUAUGUGGCCGUGGAUCAGGACAAACAGAGCAACCUGUCCGAGCAAGAGUACCUAGUGGACUAUGAACUCCCUGAUGGUCAUGUUAUUACCAUUGGCAAGGAGAGAAUGAAAUGUCCAGAAGCUCUCUUCAAGCCGUCGGUCAUGGGCUCGAACCAAGAAGGGAUUCACGUGAUGACCAUCAACAGCUUGAAAAAAACUCAGCCCCAGGUUCAGCAACUCAUGUACGAUAACGUCCUGCUGAGCGGAGGCUCCACUAUGUUCGAGGGAUUUUACUCACGGUUUUGCAGAGAGAUUUUUGCAUUGGUCUCGAAAGAGACCAAAACCAAUGUGCACGCUGUCCCAGAGAGGAAGUACGGCGUCUGGAUUGGUGGCUCCAUCUUGGCCUCACUCCACGCCUUCCAGUCUUUGUGGGUUCGCCAGGAAGAUUAUAAAGAACGGGGCCCAUUCAUUGUGCAUCGUCGGUGCUACUGA